UUCUAUAUAUCUCUACAGCUGACAAAAACACAAUUUGGAAGCGAUGUAGUUGAAACAUCAAUUCAUGACGAAAUACACAGAACUGCUCAUGGAUCUUGGACAAAAACACAUGCCCAUCAACAAAUUAGUCCAGUAGGACAAUCAGCAAUGGUAUCAAAACUACAUAAAUUUGCUUCGGGUACAGUAGAAUUGGACGUAAAACAAGGUGUACAAGAUGGAACAACUGGUCCAUCAACAGUAAUUGCAUCGUCCACUAUCUUAAAAAAGGAUUCAAUAAAAACUGUGUCACUUGUUGAAUCAUAUGUAAAUAAUCCCGAAGAUGCGUCAAAAACCAAUUACUACUGUAUUGGGUAGUAAAGCACAAUUAUCCACUCAUGGCGGUGUACGAGUUCAAACCACCGGUAUUGAUGAACUUGAUCCAGAUGAUCCUGCUUAUAAAAUGCAAGAUUCUGAUAGUUUACCAUAUCGUUAUACUCUGGAAAUCGAAGAAGACACACUUUCUGGUAAAAAGAAAUUAACAGCACCAUCAGAUAAAGGUUGCAUAGAAAUUGAAAUUACAACAAAUCCCGGUGAAGAAGGCCACCAAGUUACCGAUGCUUCUCUACAUAUGAAAAAAGAAUCGGAGAUACCAAUGAAUAAACAAAUAGCUGAAAUCUCAACGGGUUCUUACAUUUCAUCACUUGGAUCACGGGCUAAUACCUUCAUCGAUGUUGCUUCCGAUAAAUAUACCAGCAUAUUAUUCAUUGAAACUGAAAAUAAAUCGGAUGAAUUAACCGUCGAUGUAAAAUCAUUUUCACAUGUGGAACCAAAGCAUAAAACUGGUGUUGAUGCAAUGGGCAAACCUUUAACAUACACAUCACAAUUUACUCACAGUAAGGAUAAAGCUCCACCUCCAGAAACGGUUGCAAUUAGUCAAAUUGAUGAUGACAAUGUAUCAAUCGGUAAUUCUGAAAUUGCAAGAAUACAAAAUCGAUCUAUCCGAAGUAUAUCGGACAGCGUGGAUGAAUAUUUGAUAAAUCAAGGAGAGGAAAUUAAAUUUCCCAUUGGUGUUGACAAUAAUGAUGACAAUACGGAUGGUAGUCAACCAUUGACCAGAAGUACUUCAUCUACAAAGAUUUCAUCAUUAUCGGAUGAGACUGAAGGUUUUACUGAUAGUAAUUCAGAAAAUGAAAAUAUUUUCUCAGCUCAAUUACUUGAACAGAUAAAAUAA